UCCCGGAAGCGGUGUCAGAUGCUGGGGAGCCGGGCGGGCGGCGCGCUGGCUGCGGGCGGCGGGGAGGACUUGUUGUUCUUCGCGAAGUCGGAGCUCGAGCGCGCGGCGGAGGCGGAGGCGGCGGCCCAGGGGGAGCGCGAGAGAGAACGCGAGCCGGAGGAGAGCGCGUGCCCGCGAGGAGCCGCCGCGCGCUCGCGGCCCCCGCGCGACGCCAGCUACGACUUCUGAGCGGCUCCGUCCUGGUGACCGUGCCCGGGUUAUGACGACGAAUCCCAAACCGAACAAGGCAUUCAAGGUCAAGAAGGAGGCGGGCGAGAACGCCCCGGUGCUCAGCGACGAUGAGCUGGUGUCCAUGUCGGUGCGGGAGCUGAACCAGCACCUGCGGGGCCUGUCCAAGGAGGAGGUGGUGCGGCUCAAGCAGCGGCGCCGCACGCUCAAGAACCGGGGCUACGCCGCCAGCUGCCGCAUCAAGCGGGUGACGCAGAAGGAGGAGCUGGAGCGGCAGCGGGUGGAGCUGCAGCGGGAGGUGGAGAAGCUGGCGGCGGAGAACGCCAGCAUGCGGCUGGAGCUGGACGCCCUGCGCGCCAAGUAUGAGGCCCUGCAGACCUUCGCGCGGACCGUGGCCCGCGGGCCCGUGGCGCCCUCCAAGGUGGCCACCACCAGCGUCAUCACCAUCGUCAAGUCCCCCUCCGUGCCCUUCUCGGCCGCCUCCUAGUGCCGGGGGCGGGCGCCCGGGGGCGGGGGCGGGCGCUGGGCACGUCCCUGGGCUCGUCAGAGGGUCCGUGGGGACAGGCCCCCCAGCCUCCGAGGGUCCACGUGCAGACUGCGGGGGGGAGCUCCCACGGGGCGGCUGUGGGUGCCGGGCGAAGAGCAGGGUCCCGUGAAGCUGUGCGCCACACGCCUCCCCACACGCACCCACGCACACACGCACGCAAACCGGUCCUCCUCGGGGCUCGCCCGCCCCCCCCCCCCCGGCUCUGCUCUCAGGGGCCUCCGUCCCCCGGGAGUCGGGAUGUGUGGGGGGAAGGCCCCCAGGAGGCCGCCGGCCGUGUGGUCCUGUGUCUUCCAUCCCUCGAGCAUCUGUCCGCCUGCCCGUGGCCCGACUGAGCCCUGGGGCCCCAGGAGCAGCCGUCUGUCCCCGGUGUCCACACACGCCGCCACUCUGCUUCAGCCUUAGCCAGAGCCCUGUGCCAGUGCGGGGGCGGGGGGCGGUGGUGCCCACCGAACACUGGCCGCGCCGGGGCCUUGGAGGAGCGGCUCGUCCCAGGCCGUCCCUGGGGGGGGGGGCCCGUGGAGCCCAUGUGGGGAGCUGCCUGCAUGUCGCGAAUUGUCAGCGUGUGUCGGGGUGAGGAGGGGGGUCCCUGGCUCCCAGCGGUCUGGCCUUGCCGCCCCUGCAGAGCCCUGGAGAGUGGAGCCAAAGGGCCAGGGUGGGAGCCCUGGGGUUGGAGGGGAAGGGGGCCGUUCCGGUCCCG